AUGGCCGCAGCGUGCUCGCACGCCGCGCGCGUUCGCGUCGCCGCGCCUCGUUCGCGAGGCGCCGCGCGCGCGACGACGUCCUCGCGCGCGUUCGCCCCCCGCGUCGCCCUCGCGCGCGCGUCGCGCGUCGUCCUCGCGCGCGCCGCGGAGGAGGACGUCGACGUCGACGACGAAAAGCGAGCGUCCGAGGACCCGGAGGGGAAGAUAUCGUCCGCGAUGGCGGCGUUCGCGGACGCGGGGUUCCCGUCGGACGAGGACGACGCCAUGGACCCGAUCUCGCGCACGAAGGCGAUGAACGGCGCGGUGGACGACCUCAACUCGCUCAUGGACAGCGAGGUCGAGGUGCUGGGCGAGGCGUUCGACCUGCUCGAGAAGCUCGGGGUGAAGGGUCUCGCGAAGCCGCCGAGACGCGGCAAAGACGCGGAUGAGGAGGAGGAGGAGAAGGAGGUCGAGGAAAAGUGA